CCCUAUGUAAAGCCGAGCAAGAGGGGCACAACCGUGACAGUGACGUGUUCUCCCGCAUUAUGUAGCAGCUUUACCAUCUAACUACAGAAAAGAUUUCAUAUAACCAUACUUGACGAAGUCUCACUUCAGAUAAUUAUAUACAGCGCAAAAAUUGACUCAAUGACUGGCGAAAUCAUCACUACCGAGCGCAAGCGACUACGAGAGCUUCUCCCAGGCAUCCAGCUCGGCCACUGGCCGACGGGUCCCAAGAAUGGCAUUACCGAUGUCCCCGGAGUCCUGGUUCAUACGCAGUCGAUUCAUGGUGAUAAUGGUAACGUCAACACGGGUGUGACAACGAUCCUACCAAACAAAGAUUGGUUCUACAAGGGCUACUAUGCCGGCAUGUUUCGCUACAAUGGAUGUGGCGAGCUGACGGGUAGCCACUGGAUCAAUGAGACGGGUACACUCGUGAGUCCCAUCAUCAUUACAAGCAGCUUUUCGGUCGGCGCAUGCCAUACGGGUAUCUACAAGUACGCAGCGCAGCACCACUGCGAUGACGAUGGCAGUGCGCAGUGGUUCCUGAUGCCUGUGGUCGGGGAGACAUACGAUGGCUACCUCAACGACCAGAGCCAGUUUUGUGUGACACCCGAGCAUGUCAUUGAGGGCAUCAAGAAUGCAAGCGAUGCACCCGUACAAGAAGGCAACACGGGAGGCGGCACCGCCAUGAUCUGCCAGGGAUACAAGGGCGGCACAGGCACCUCUAGUCGAGUAGUUCCGGCGAUUGCCUCAAACGGCGCCGACACGAGUUAUACCGUAGCUGCGCUGGUGCAAGCCAACUACGGUCGCCAGAAGCAGCUACACAUUGCAGGUGUUCCUGUAGGCCGCAUCCUCACAACCCAAGACGCGAAAAACGAGGCAAAGGCCAAGGCUGCGCAGGCCAUUGAUGACGCCAAGGACAAGACAGACGGCAGCAUCAUCAUUGUCCUGGCCACAGAUGCACCUCUGCACCCCGUCGAGCUCCAGAGACUGGCCACCCGAGCAGCCGGCGGUCUAUCGCGCGUAGGCGGCUAUGGCCACAACACCAGCGGCGACAUCUUUAUGGCUUUCAGCACGGCCAACGAGAUGCCUGCCAAGGGCGUGGGAUAUACAGCGAAUGGUACAGACAUUUUCAAGGCGAAAGCGCAUACCAUGGAGAGUGUACAAGAUUCCACCAUUAAUGCGUUGUUGGAAGCGGCCGCGGACGCUGCUGAGGAAGCCAUCUACAAUGCGCUUUGCAAGGCUGAGACGAUGGUGGGCUUCAAGGGACGAAAGGUGGAUGCGCUACCGUUGGACCGCGUCAAGGAUAUUAUGGAACAAUACCAAGGUUUGGAGCAGAGUUUAUUAGGUUGAGAUGAACAAUGUCAGUAGAGUGGAGGAGCCACGUGCGUGCUGUUUGCGAGCGGAGUGUCAGCACCUGGCACACCUGACACACCUGGCAGCAGUGUCAAUUGCAGAACCAUCUUACCUUGGAGUUCAUCCAGAACCGUUAUCUUGAUAAAAGCCCACGUGCUUUCUCACGAUGGAAGAAAAAAAUUUGGUUUGCAGUGUGCCGUCACAUUAUUCAACGUCUUUUUCCUUGUGUAAAUAGUGGUGCCUAGCAGCCUCGUCCAAGUCUGGUGCCGGUUUGCCGAAGCCACCAGUGUUCACGUGCCUGUCUCCAGGCGCUGUGGUUGGCCUUCGGCUACUGCACGAUCGCUGACACCCACUGUAGCAUCCACUGUAUUUCGGGAACAGCCAUCCAAUGCGG